ACAGUUACAAAGAGUGUGCUGCUUCUUAACCAAUUUCUCUACUUCGUGGUGUCUUUUGGGUUCGAGCUAACGCUCCGUUUGUACAUAUUUAGCUACUACAGUUUUUCAAUCAAUUAACAUCCAACAAAAUGAGGAUCUACAAGGAUAUUUUCACUGGUGAUGAGAUGUUCUCUGACACCUACAAAAUAAAGCUUGUCGAUGAUGUCAUUUAUGAAGUCUAUGGCAAGCUCAUUCAACGUAAAAAUGGCGAAAUUGAAAUCGCUGGAUUUAACCCAUCAGCUGAAGAAGCCGAUGAAGGAACUGAUGAAGCAGUUGAAUCUGGAGUCGAUGUUGUUUUGAACCACAGACUGCAGGAGAGUUUUGCCUUCCAUGACAAAAAAUCCUACACCCUCUACUUGAAAGACUUCAUGAAGAAGUUGGUGGCUAAACUAGAAGAAAAUUCUCCCGAAGAAGUAGAAGUAUUCAAGAAAAACAUGAACAAAGUCAUGAAAGAAAUCUUGGGCAGAUUCAAAGAAUUGCAGUUCUUUACUGGUGAAUCAAUGGACAUUGAUGGCCAUGUUGCUCUUAUGGAAUACCGUGAAAUCGAUGGACAAUCUGUACCAGUGCUCAUGUUCUUCAAACAUGGACUAGAAGAAGAGAAGUUCUAAAUAAAUUUAUUCAAAUUGAACAAUUAUGCAUUAUUAAUUGAUUAUAUUUUUGUAAAAACCGAUUUUUAAUUUUUUAACCAACAUUGUGUUUUGAAUGAAUUUUGAGUUCAUAACACAUGAAUACAAGUCUGACUGUGAAUGAAGAAAAUUGGUCUUUAUAAAUGGUAUAUAUUAAAUUGUAACCAUCAGCUCAAAGCAUUUUAAACCGAAUGUUCUUAUUGUUUAUCAGAGCAUUUGAACCGUUAUUGUUUUUAUUUUUGAAAGAACAGAUAAGAUUUUUUAGUUUUUGAUAAAUGUAAAUGUUGUACCAAGUUUUAAAACAAAAACUGUUUAUAGAUAUCUCAUAAUAAAACUUUUUUGCUGAUUAUUAAA